GCUAAAAUUUUCCCUCCGAGUCUCUGACCCUAUCAUUUUAGGCGCUAAGGUGAGCGCGGCUCGGCUCAGCUUGGCACCCUUCUUCUUCGUCGUCGUCGUCACUGCGUCAGUCCCUCCCGUCCCUCUUGUAUUGCCUAAAAGGAAGCAACUGUGAGAAUCAUUCAACCAAUUGCAGGGGCAAUUUUUAGGCGUGACUCGAAAGUUGCCCACCAAAUGUUCGACGAAAUGCGCAACUAACGCAGUUAUCGUACGACAUUGCAAGGGGAAGUGUCCGCAGCGACGGCAAGAUGAUGGCGUUGUCGAGCAGCUGUCUACCUCACUUCAAGCAACAUCCGAGUGUUGUAGCGACGAAUUUUAGCUGCAGCCUUCGCUAUCCUAUCGCAAUAAAUUGCAAUUCUAAUGGAAGGAUUUGCAAUCCUGUUCGUCUCAAAAUUGAUUGUUUGAAAAUUAAGGGAGAGUUCGAAGGUACGUGGGAAGAGCCGGACGAUGGAAGCGAUGAUAGCGAGUUCGAGUCUGAUGAAGAUGAGAGUAUGGAAGACAACGACUUGGACUAUGAAAGUGAUUGGGAAGGUAAUGAAAGUGCGAAAACCGUUCGUGAUGGUAAUGAAUUGGCUGCAAGAGAGUACGAGGACGAUCUUGUUAGAGAUGUUGAGCAGAUGCUGUCACCGGAAGAAUUAGCCAUUUUGAAGCAAAAUGAAGCUCCUAAUCUGGAGAAAUUAUCUACUGGAAAAUGGAAGCUGCUUCACACAUAUGCUUUAUCAGGACAAAUAAAAUUCAUGGACGGGAUACUUGAGAGAGGCCAUGAUAUCGAUUUAGUUGACAAGGAUGGCUUGACUCCCCUGCAUUUAGCGGUUAUCGGUAAAAGAGAGGCAGUCAUUAGUCAUCUCUUGAGGAAAGGAGCAAAUCCAAAAGCAAAAGAUCAGGAUGGCGCUACGCCUCUGCAUUACGCCGCGCAAGUAGGUGCUUUGCAAACAGUCAAAUUGUUGAUAAAAUACAAAGCUAACGUCAAUGCUGCUGAUAAUGAAGGAUGGACACCAUUGCACGUGGCUAUGCAGACAAGAAACCGGGAUAUAGUUAAAGUUUUGCUCGUCAAUGGCGCUGACAGGAUACUAAGAAACCAGGCUGGGAAUACAGCGCUCGAUUUAGCCAUGUGUUACGGAAAAGAGUUUAGAUCGUACGAACUUGCUAAGUUAGUGAAGCAAGUUCCGGCAAGAGACUUUUAAGCUUGAUGCACACGAUACUUACAACUGUCUUAGCCGGACGAGUUUAAAGAUGAAGCAAGAAUCGCGCCAAUCGGAUUUUCUCCGGAGAGUAAGCUGCAACUUAUGCACAACUUAUGUGUGUACUUGUUCUGUUUCUCAAAUUUGUGCUCAACUUAUAAGGUUUUGGUUGAUACUUUUGCCUUUUACAGUAAAAAAAAAAAAAAAAAAAUUAUUGAUAAAUUUUUAGAAAUGAAAAAUAUUUUUAAGAGAAUAAAAAAUGGAAAGCAUGUACAAUUUUAGAAGGCAGGGAAUUACAACUUAUUGUUUCAUUUGGUUGCUAGAAAUGUUAGUUAUUUUAUUUUCAUUGAUUUUUGGUCGUUCCUUUUUUUACAUAACUUU